UCCAUCCACUUCUGAUCCAACCCACCACACAAUACUGCACCAAACCCCUCUCUUUCUCUCUGAACCUAGAGCUUCGCUCCUCCCUUACCGCCGCCACCACUCCCGUGCAUGAUCCCCAUUCUCCUCCCGCGAGCCCUCUCGAUUCCGAUGACUCCUCUACCGCCGUCACCUGUGCCGCUCGAUUCCGGCGAGUUGACGUAGCUCUCGUCAGUGCGCAGCACACCUUCGGGGUCCGCAACCCUCACCCGUGGUGGACCUCAUUGUCCCGCUGUGGUUUACCUCUCACUUUCUCCCACCUUCCUCGUCCACCGCACCGCACCGCACCUCAUCCCAUCGCCCCUCUUUAAGAAAGCGACCCAACGAUGGCCGCCGCGGAGCAGGGCGGCAGAGCCACCACGACCUAGCAGUAGCAGCAGCACCCGACAGGCAAUGCCCAUCCUCUCCUCGGCGAGGGCGGCGGGCGGCAGGGAUGCGUGAGAUCGCGGCACGGGCGCAUGGGGAAGGAGGCCGGGGACCAGCGCCAGCGCCAGCGCUCGCCCGACGGGGGCGACGGCGGAGGCGGCGCCCAAGGUAGUGGUCACUGCUACAGGGGGAAAGGGGUUGUGCAGCUGCAAUGGGUGGCGGCGCUCGUGCUCGGCACGGCCAUGCUGUUCUCCGCGCUCUUCUGGCUGCUGCCCUUCGCCCCGGGCCGCGCCGGGAAGGGGCGCGCCGACGCGCCGGAUCUCUUGACAGGUGAUAUAGUGGCAAGUUUUAGGCUGUAGAAGAAUGUUUCCGAGCUCAUUGGAAACAUGUCUAAGCUCGCAUUGGACAUCUAUGCGGAAGUCGGCGUCCCUAACUCCAUUGAGGCGGCGAUGGCGAGCGGCGGCGGGGCGGUGAUGGAGGUGGGGUCGACGGUGGAGCUGGACGCGGCGGUAGGCGGCGCGCGGGCCACUGCGGUGCACUUCUGGGCGGCCUCGUGCGACGCCUCCAAGCAGAUGGAUGAGGACUUCGCCCACCUCGCCGUUGACUUCCCCCACGUGCUCUUCCUCAGGCUUCUACGCCAUGGGGAUCCGCGAGGACCUGCUCCGCGGCAUCUACGGCUACGGCUUUGAGAAGCCCUCCGCCAUCCAGCAGCGGGCCGUCAUGCCCAUCAUCUCCGGCCGCGACGUCAUCGCCCAGGCCCAGUCCGGCAUCGGCAAGACUGAGGUUCUUAUGUAAGAAAUGGAAUCCUGUAGGAUCACAAACCUCUGCUUUAUCAUGUAGGGCUUUGUUAGUUAUACACAAGGAAGUUCUAAUUUAGGUCCUACAUCGCAUAAAUGUAUUGUUUGUAUGAUUAAUUUCUGCAAAUUUCUAUGCCAACUAAGAAAGCAUGAUCUCAUUAUCAAUAAGCUAAUUCAAUUAGCAUGCACAUUGUUACUAUACUUUUUCUUGAAAGGAAUAGAUGAUGAUUUUAAAAAUGUAUACCACUGAAUAUUUAUGAAUUUUACAUUUUCUUUGUUGUAAGCUUGAGCUAAAUCAAUUAAGAAUCCACCUAUCUACAUCCCUGCUCUGUUUAUUUCUUUUGGCUAUUAACCAUACUAGUAAUAUCUAUCUACAAGUAUUGAUCAGGGCCUGCUCUGGGUGAUGCUGCUCCCACGCUUGGGCUCUGAAUUAGAGCUCUUUUAUGGUACCCACUCAACCCAUUAGUCAAGUACAGCGACGCUGGUAGAGUUCCAGCGGCCACUACCGAGCCUCCUUCCCAAUUAGGUCCGACAACCAUGAGCCGUUGCGGACGUCAAGGUGAUAUCCAGCGGCGACGCUUGCCGGCACGGGCUCGCCACUUGUAUCCACAAGCUCGCUGAUGCCGUCUCCGUCACUCUCGGUCCCAAAGUGCUAUUGAUAGCUGAGAACAUAAAGGUUUGAUGCAGGGAGGAAUGUUGUUAUUCACCAAGACGAUGUUCCUAAAGUAAUUAACACAAUUAAGCUUGUAAUGUACCCCCGCAAAGUGUUCCUUUAUUUUCCUUAAUCUUUUGAUGGAAUCUAAGUUUGAUCCAGAAAGUUCUGAUUUUUUUGCCAAUAUAUUGGUUGGUGUUGAUGGUACAUGACCUAGCCCUGAUAGAAGAGCACAACUAUUUGGUGUAGAACUCAGGCAGACCAUUAGUUCUUUUCUUUCAGUUGAUCAAUUAGCCGUGACAGGAUCUUAUCUUUCCCAUGGUCUCACGCAUUUACGCUGCCCACUGUCUUUGUACUGUUUCCAGGAGGCCUCUAGAUUCAGGAAUCUCACGCCCACUGUUAAGAGUGGAUCACCGCUGCAUCUUAACAAGGAAUGACUCCUACAUCGUGGCAGGGAUGUGUUUUAGUAAUGUUGUCAACUAAUUGUUGCUAGAAUGUAACACGUACGACUCAUAUCAAGUUUCUAAUGAAUGAAAUCUUUAACUUCUAAGAA